AUACGACCGGAAUCCAGUCCCAGGGUCGCCCAUUUGUGCUGUCGUUGUAUCGGUCCAGGAGGAAGAGGGGGACACGAAGGAAGAGAGCGGGGUCUUUUGAAAAUCGGCUUCGGUUAUACCAUCACACGAAUAUCGGCGACAGUCGUACGCGCUCACGAUCGUAGUACGGAGGUCUCGUUCGUCAUCUCGGGAUUUUUCUCCGCUCGAGCAAAUUUUCUGAAUCGUCGCUCUCCUCGCGGUCGAUAUUUCCGAGAAGAAAUUAUAUCGUAAGAGAGAAAGAGUGAUUGCAUCCCAAAGAGAGACAUACAAUUUUAAAAGAAGUAGAACGAGACAAAAAAAGACAGAGAAAGAGAAAGAAAAAAGACAAGUGUAUCAAGUGACGCGCACGGAUUACUUGCUUCAAGCAAUAUGGAGCUCAAGGGUCUCAACGGCCGGCUAGCGUUCGCUAUCGCGGCAGCCGCUCUCGGCUCGUCGUUUCAGCAUGGAUACAACACCGGGGUAGUUAAUGCACCUCAACAGCUUAUCGAGGACUGGAUCAAAGACCUGAAGACGAAUCGCACGGGUGUCCCAACGGAAAAGACGGAGGUGACGUUAAUCUGGUCGUUGGCGGUAUCGAUAUUCUGCGUCGGUGGAAUGAUAGGUGGUUCUCUGGUGGGCUGGGUGGCGGACCGCUUCGGUAGAAAGGGCGGUCUGCUGUUGAACAACAUCCUGGUCCUCCUGACUGUGAUUUUCGAGGGUAGCGCCAAGGCGGCGAAGAGCUACGAAAUGAUAAUCGUCGGCAGGUUCCUGAUCGGUAUAAACUCCGGGCUGAACGCUGGCCUGGCGCCGAUGUAUCUGGCCGAAAUUUCGCCCGUGCAUCUGCGCGGUGCCGUGGGCACGGUCUAUCAGCUUGUCAUCACCAUCUCGAUUCUGGUAUCGCAGAUCCUCGGCCUGGAGCAAAUCCUCGGUACCGCCGAGCAAUGGCCGUUACUGCUGUGUCUAACGAUCGUACCAGCGAUCUUCCAGAUGUGCACGUUGCCUUUCUGCCCCGAGAGUCCCAAAUACCUGUUGCUUAACCGCGGCAAAGAUAUGGAUGCGCAAAGAGGGCUAUCCUGGUUGCGCGGUACGAUCGAAGUUCACGACGAAAUGGAAGAGAUGCGGGCAGAGUACGAAUCGGUGAAACUGGUGCCGAAGGUCACUCUACGUGAGCUGUUUGUAAAUCCAACGCUUCGCAUUCCACUAUUCAUCUCAAUCAUGAUUAUGUUCGCCCAGCAACUAUCCGGCAUAAACGCCGUCAUGUUUUUCUCAACGAAAAUCUUCAGGAUGGCGCAGCUCGACAAGAAUGCCGCCCAAAACGCCACGAUGGGAGUCGGCGCGAUGAACGUCUUAAUGACCAUCAUCUCUUUGGUGUUGGUAGAGAAGGCAGGCAGAAAAACGCUACUCUUGGUCGGAUUCUCCGGCAUGUUCGUGGAUACCGUCUUACUCGCCAUUUGUCUCGUAUUCGCUGAAACGUCGCAGGCAGCAGCGUAUUUCUCGAUCGUGCUUGUCAUCAUGUUCGUCGUCCUCUUCGCCACUGGACCGGGAAGUAUUCCGUGGUUCCUGGUGUCAGAGUUGUUCAGUCAAUCCGCCCGACCAUCCGCUACCUCCAUCGCCAUCGCCGUCAACUGGACCGCGAACUUCAUCGUUAGCAUCGGCUUCUUGCCGCUGCAGGAAGUGCUAGGCGCUUACGUGUUCAUCAUCUUUGCGGUGCUGCAGUUGUUCUUCACGAUAUUCAUAUACAAGAAAGUACCGGAGACGAAGAACAAAACCAUAGAGGAGAUCAGCAGCAUGUUCAGACAAAGAUCGUAUGAAUGAAGAAUAUAGUCCAAAUGGGUAAAAUAUUUUUCAAGAACAAAGUCGGCACGAUGACCGUAUGAACGAUGACUGCGUUCGUUCUCUUUGUCUUUCUCUGUCUGUGUCGAGAAAUUCAGCGUUUGGUCUGGCAAAAGUGGCACGCUAUUCUAUGGUCUAUCAACGCGCUUCCAAUAUUCUGUCCGUACGCAAAUAUCAAAGUUCAUCGAAAGGAUACUCGGUGAAUAUUUGUGUGUAACCGCGAUGUGUGCUGCAAUGUAUUCGGCGUAGUUAUAACCCGCAAUCGUGCCAAUCUAUAGAAAUCCGGGAAUCUUAAUUUUUUGUUAUAUAAUUAUUUUAACUUUUUAGCGUGUUUUGUUCUUAGUUUCUUUAACUCAGAAACUCCGUUCCAAGUCGAGCUGCACGAACGCGCGCACAUUUCGCCCUGGGCCCUUUAUUAAGUUAUGUAAACUUCAUAUCAGUUCCUAUGUUGCAUCCAGCGAAGAAAGUUAUGGGAAGAAGAAUAAUUGAAAUGGCGCGAAACAGCUUAGGAAACAUGAUUCUUUUAUAAAGUCUUUUCGAACAAUAAUGUACGCCAUUACCUGUACGAAUAAUUACAGUUCUAGUCAUGAAAAGACCCGUGGACGGAGUAUAAUGUUGGAAGAAUCUUAUGCGCUGGCUGAUUUUAUUUUUAUUACCGAACCUCCGAUUCGUUUUACAUCGACAGAUCCGUAUCGCUUCGCUAAACGAAUUUUUAACGCGGUAUGGCGCGAAGUUGUAUACUAUAUUUUAAAUCAAUAAUCAAUAAUCGAGUACAAUUGGGCUAGUUUUUAUAGAACAUAGCAGUUUUAUAAUAGCGGCGUGAAAAACUUGCGUUCCCACUACUGAAUAAUCGCAUCGCAUUACUGUCUAAAGAAAUUAAAAAAAAUAGAAACGCGAUUAUGUCGAUUAGUGAAGAGGGUAUCAAUUGCCUUUUUAUGAGAUAUAAUUUGUAAUAGAAAUUUAAAGAAUAUUUUAUUAUACGUAAACCGAGAUGUAAGUUUUAUUCGAACGAGUAUGGAAAGAAUGCUGUUAGGAUAAUUGUAAAUAUAAAAAUAUAUAAAGACUAGUAUUGUGCAUAGAGCGUAGGAAAUAAUUAUAUUUAUGUAUGCAUGUAGAUUUGAUUAAUGUUUAAGAAUGUAUAUCAACGUUGUCAUAUUUUUUAAUUAUUUAGAUUAAUUUCAAUUUGUGUAUACAUAAACGUAAAAGAAAACAUACUAAAUGUAACUCAGGAACUUAGCUGAUCGUUAUCUCGUAAAUAGCAGGUGCAGGAUACAAUGUUUUAUAUUUGACGCUGUGUCCGUGCCUCUCAAGGAAUACUCAUUUAUGUAAUAACCGUUUAAACGGAUUUAUUGUAGAAAACAGAAGGCAUCUAAGUUUAUGAUAAUAACGUUAAAUAAAUCACCGAUUUUUAUCUA